UUUGGCUGUUUGGGGGCCACUUGCUCCACUUUUUGGCCUGUUUUUGCUAUCUUCUCUGGAAAAAGUUGCAACCUGCAAAUUAUUGACUUGCUGAAACUGAGAAAAAUAAUCUGUUGUUCACAAUAUCUUUUUCGUCUCAAAAUUGAUCAAGCACCAAGCUUGAAGAUGGCAAGCAUCGUUGUGCCUCCAUUUUUACAAGUUAUAAUUGACAAGCUAUCGGAGCCUGUUUUUCGAAGGAUUGAUGAUAUUUGGCAUGCCAAAGACCGGCUGAACAAGCUGCAAAGAAUACUGCCAAGGGUCCAAGGUGUCAUCGAGGAUGCAGAAGAGCGGCAAAUUACCGAUAAAGCUGUUAGAACUUGGCUUUCUCAGCUCAAAGAUGCAGCCUCCAAAGUAGAGGACUUGCUUGAAGAAUUCAGAUUUAACUGUAUGCAUGAGGGACUCACCAAAAACCUAAUUGUCAUUCUUCAAGAUUUAGAAAAGGCAGCAGAGGAAGGGCUCAGCUUACACUUAAAAGAAAGAAAUAUUGCGAAUAAGCAAUUUGAAAAGAAGGAAACUAGCUCUUUUGUUAUUGGACCUGAGGUUUAUGGAAGGGAGGAGGACAAAAGGAAGAUAGUAGAUAUGUUAUUAGUCGGUGGAGGAACUACAUCUGUGAUAUCAAUAGUUGGUCCUCCAGGCAUUGGAAAAACCACUCUUGCUCAGUUCAUCUAUAAUGACGAUGAGGUAAAGAAACAUUUCGGUGAUUUAAGAAUUUGGGUUUUUGUAUCGCAAGAUUUUAAUGCCAAAAGAAUAAUUAAAGAAGUAAUUGAGAAAUCAACUGGAAAGAAAUGUGAUUUAAUGGACUUGGACGGUCUGCACUCUCAAAUGUUGAAAUCACUAAAAGAAAAGAAAUAUCUUCUCGUGCUCGAUGAUGUUUGGAAUGAAGCUCACGGUGAUUGGGAACAACUGAUGCCACUGUUCAAGUGUGGAGUUGAUGGAAGCAAAAUACUUGUCACGACCCGCAGUCAAAAAGCUGCAUUGGUUAUAGGCAAUCGAGAUACAGCAUAUCGCUUGAAGGGUUUGUCUAAUGAUGAUUGCUGGAAAAUAUUCACAGAGCGUGCUUUUUUUACUCGAACAGAAGAAGAGGAGUAUCUAAAACUUCAAGCAAUUGGGAAAGAACUAAUGCGGAAAUGUGGAGGUGUGCCUUUGGCUGCAAAAAUUCUUGGUGGUCGCAUGCGCCUCAAGAGAAAGGAGGAGGAGUGGUUAUAUGUGCAGAAUAGUAAUCUUUGGAAUUUGAGGGAUUACAAAGAUGAAAUUUUUCCUGUCCUACUGGUAAGUUACAUGCAUUUGCCGCCGCAUCUCAAACAUUGCUUUGCAUUCUGCUCAAUAUUUCCGAAGAAUUACGAAAUCAAGAGGGAGAAAUUAAUCCCUAUGUGGAUUGCACUAGGCCUAAUUCUUCCGGAUGGUGGAAGCAAGGCACUAGAAGAAAUUGGGGAUGAGUAUUUCAAUGAGUUGGUCUGGAUGUCCGUGUUCGAAGAUGUCAUGGAAUAUGAAGGUGGAGUCAUAAGAAGGUACAAGAUAAAUGAACAUUUUCACAGUCUUGCCCAAUCUCUUACAGAAAAUGAAUGUUUAGUAUCAGAAAACAGACGUGCAGGAAACAGUCUUGAUCAAGUUCGUCAUGCAUCAAUUGUAUCUAAGCAUAUAUCGUCCCCCAUUCUAAAUGACCUUCUUCGGGUAAAACAUUUGCGUACUCUUCUUGUGUUCUCAGAAGGUGGAGCUCUGGAAGAUUGUUCCCACAUCAUUAAACAUUUUCCUUACUUGAGGAUGCUGGAUCUAAGUGGAUGCCUAGUGCAGCUGCCUUCAAUGAAUUACCUGCCAUUGUUGAAACACCUUGAUCUGUCCAACAAUCAUUUCUAUGAUUUACCUUCAGAAAUAUCUUCCCUCUGCUCUUUACUGACAUUGAAUUUAUUCGGUUGCUACAAUCUUAGAUCGUUGCCUAAUUUGACUGGAAUUACCGGCUUGAAGCAUCUCAUCGUCAGCGGAUGUGAAGCUCUGCAGGAGAUGCCCGUAGGCAUCGGAUCGUUAUCUAAACUUCAGACGCUGCCAAUAUAUGUUGUUGGGCAUAGAUGUAAUGCUUGCUUGUAUCAACCACACCCAUCAUAUCUGGGAGAUGGGUCAGUUGACUCAUUUUCAGUGACUGGCGUGCUUGAAUUUUUUGCUGCAGAGUCUUAUUCUUGUUCGUGUCCAGCACCCAUAUCAGAUCUGGAACCUUUGAAACUUCGAGGGGAACUAAAAAUCAAGCACUUGGAGCGAGUUCAUCGUGUUGAAGAAGUGGAAUCGAAGCCUUUGAUGAAUAACGAGUAUCUGGAGUCAUUAGGACUUUGUUGGGGCAAUGAAGCAGUAGAUCGCAUCAUGAAUCCUGCUUUAGAAGCCAACAUAGCCAGACCCCAAGAAAGAAAUAACCAAGCACCAGGGCCGUCAGAGGAGCCUGAAACACGUGCUUCUUAUACUGAUACGGACUUGCCCGGGAAAGUUUUGGUGUGCCUCCAACCACAUAAAAAUUUGAAGAAAAUAUUCAUAGUUGGUUAUCCUGGAAUCGAGUUUCCAUGCUGGACUCUUCCGAACCUUACUGAGAUGGUGUUGAUCAAUUGCCGAGGAUGCGAGCAGCUACCAAUUCAUGGUAUGAGCGCUGGAAGAAGAGCCGUGCUGGAAGAGGAGACAAGACCUGACCUGCUGGGACUUUGGUGGCUUGACUUGCUGGGACUUUAGUGGCCAACAUUCUAGGGAUAAUUAGAUUUGAAUUUGUUUUGCCUUUUUAUUAUCUAGUUGUUUUAUUUUAUUAUUAUCUUUCCUAGAUUUAUGCAUUUAUUAGUUAGCCAUUUCUUAGAUAUUCAAGAAUAAAUAGUCUGGUAGAGGAGUCUGUAAUUCAAGUUGUUUUGGUUGAUAGAACCUUGUGGUUCCUUGGAAAGAUUCCAAGAAAGGGUGCAUUGGAGAGAUUCCAAACUCCGUUUCCAUUGUUAAUUGGUUCUUUGGAGAGAUUCCGGGUUCCAUAUUAACUCCAUCAAUCGAAAACAAAAUUCCUUUGCUUUUCUUCAAUUGAAAUAAAAUUCUUUGCUACAAUUUUUCUGUUGCA